AUACCGAAUGCAAUUGAUGUCGAUGCUGUUCAAAAGCUGAACGAAAAAUUAAAUUCGCUGGAACAGAGGUUGACAAGAGAACAUCCUUACUUACAUGACGUGAGGAAUGUACCAUUACCAAAUGAAAACAGUAAUAAAGCAAAUGAGAGAUGGGUUCGCGAUGUGGAAAAUCGAAUUGAGACAUUGGAAAAUACAAUCUUACAGAAAAAUUCUGAUAAAAAGUUUCAAUUUUUAGAAGAAACUGUAAAAUAACUCUCAAAGCAACAAGCGCUAUAUAACAAACGCACUGAGUAUCUUGAAGCUAUUGUGCGUGACCAAGAAAAAACUAUUUCUAAAUUAAGAGAGGACAUGAUGCAAAUUAAAAAACCUGGCUCUGUCAUUCGGGAAUCUCUUGUUCAAACAGAUCAUCAAAACGAUAAAGAUAGAACUGCUAAACAUGAUGCCCAUAACCAGUCAGGAAUACCGAAACGUAUAAGACGCUCAGCAGUUUCUUCGGAUCUUCAAAAUAUUGAUUCUAUCAACAAAAGGUUGCUUUUUCCCACAACCCAACAACCCGUGACUACUCCAACAAUUAUAGCUUUUUAUGCAUACAUGGCUGGAGACACUCCCUCUAUUACAAUACAGCAUCCUUUUGUUUUUGAUGUCGUAAAGACUAACAAUGGAAACGGUUAUCACCCCUCAACAGGGACUUUCAUUGCUCCAGAGACUGGGAUCUAUGUGUUUACCUGGACUAUAAAAGAAGAUGGGAAUUGUUUGUACUCAACUCAGUUGAUGGUAAAUACAUCGGAAAUCGGAAUAAUUCAUAUGCAAGUUGGUUCCGGUGGUGACUUGGCAGGAACUGGAGUCGUGGUCACGCAUGUCAAUGCAGGAGAUGACGUAUACGUCCGAACGCACGCAAAUUGGAAUAAUUGCAAUAUUCUUAGCAAUGGAGCGGCAAGAUCGUCCUUUGCAGGCUGGAAACUAUCUUCAGGACAAAACAGAAGCAAAAUGAGGUUUUGCACUCAAUUUAGAGCAAGAAUAAUUUAA